UAUAUAAGUACUAUAUUACGCAAUAAUUAAUUGUUACGACAAGUUAAGAAAAUUUUUUUUGAUACUUAUUAUGGUAAUAACUGAAAUACUUUCUUACUCAUACAUAACAAAGUAUUCAUUUGUCUACAACUACUAUCUAAAUGUGUGUUAUGACUUUGUUCAAGAUUUUACCAUUUUGAUAAUUUAAUUGGAUGGCAAUUGAUAUAUAUGCUGAUUAUUAUCAUAGCAACACUGUGAAUUAAAAAAAACCCUUCCUUUUGAUUUAUAUUUUUUCUCUGUAUGAAUUCAAAACCUAAUUCUCAUUAUCAACAAGCAAUAAUAUAAUAAACAAAACUGAUAUGAUGAGGAAGAAGAACAUUUAAAAUUCCUUUGAAUUAAUUGCUAAAUAAAGGAACAAACAUCACAAUGGCAUCAUCAUCGUCAUCAUUCAGUAUGGAUCUUUUAUCUUCCAUGAUCUGGUCACCGUAUCAGACAAUACAACAGGCUGUUUUACCUUUUUAUCAUCGAUCGUCUGGACCCUCUACGAUUAUUGACCUUAAUGAUAAUUGUUUAUGGACGAUUUAUUAUUAUUUAGAUUUUGAUGAUCUUGUUCGCUGUCGACGUGUUUCCCGUCGUUUUUUAUCGACCGUUAAUGAUUAUUUUAAAUUGAUGAAAAAUUUCUAUUAUGAUUGCCAUAUGAAUGGUGUACGACUUCGUCAUGGUCAAUAUCAAUUCAAUAUUUGUUCAUUUGAAUUUUGGCUCGAACAUAUGCCAUCCAUUCGACGAUUACGUUUUGAACAAUGUCAUAUGAUGCGUAAUGCUCUCGCACAUUGUCAAUUUAAUCUAUUCGAUUCAAUAUCGGCAUUUAUUACCGAUUUAAAAGAACUACAUCUUGGACGAGCUUUAUUCAUUAAUCAACAUUCAUUAUCACAACUGAUUCAUGCAUUUCCAUUGUUAACACAUCUAACUAUAACUAUUUACGAUGAACAUUUAUUAUCGCAAAUCAUUUCUGGAUUUCAACACUUAUAUUAUUUAAAUCUUGAUGAAAGUAUUCUCUAUCAUUAUUCACCGUCAUUGAGGAAUUUACCUCCAUCCAUUCGUGUAUUGAUUCCACCGAUAGAUUUGAAGAAUGAAAAAUCUCAGAUUCUCAAAUCAAUAUGUGAUGGACAUGGAAUCAAAUUGGAACGAUUGGAAAUACGCGCAACAAUCCAUAAUAUCAAUGACGAUCGUCAUUAUUUCGAUUUGAUUGGCCAGAUUCUUGUCAAACUACAAUGGCUUCAAUUGGAUCUUUCUUGUGCGUCGCUUUUUAAUCCACAAUUUACAUUGGAUGGUCAUCAACAGGAAAUUAAUAAUAACUAUCGUGAUGAUUAUGAAUCAAAUUCCAACGGAUGUUUAAAUUUGAUCUCCGGUCUACAUCGUUUGGUUAAUCUUAGAGUAUUGAUAUUGAAAGAAAAAGAUUAUUUCGAUGAUAAUUAUCAUGAUGAUGAAGAAUCGACAAUCAGCAAUUCAAAUCGAUGUCGUAGUCUCUUUGAUGAUUUUUCCAUGUUGAAGAUAUUCAAAGGUUGUUCAAAAUUAAUAAUGCUUUCAAUCUCAUCAUCACUUUGCUGUAAUCGUAAUGAUUAUGCACGUUAUACGAUGAAUCGAAAACAAGAUGAUCAAAAUAUAAAUCGCAUAUUGAACAGAUGUUUUAGAAAACAGCAAAUGGUAGAUGAGGAUGGCAAUAUUUUUGAUUGUGAUAUUUAUGACGAUGAAGCUAUAAAUCAUUCUAGUCAUCAUAUGAAAAAUGACAAUGAUUCCAUUGAUGGUUGUCGCAGCACAUUAAAAGAAUUGAUAGCUGAACAAAACCUGGAUAGUGGUUUCGAUAAUAAUAAUGAUCAGAGUAUUAGUGUAUCCAAAUUAGUACCGAAUUCAAUAAGUGAUCACUCAUUAUCUACAUUAGAUCAAUAUCUUCCAAAUUUACGAAUAUUAAGGCUACGUGGUGUUCGUAUUGGACAACGUUCAUUAUUGGCUAUACAGAAUCUUGAACGAUUACAAUUUUUGCGUUUAGAUUCGAUACGAUUCAAUCGAAAUGAAAAAUCAUCAAUCAAAGAAUCAUUUAGUGAAUUAAUGCGUACACUAACAUCCGAUAUGUAUCAAUCAGAUGAACAAUAUCAACAAAAUCGGCAACAUCGUACAUCAAUUCAUUUGACGAACAUUCCAUUGAUCUGAAAAUCAAAAAUGUUAUACACAUUUUACUCAUAAGUUUUUCAUUUUUAAUCAGAUGUUUUAAUCAAUCAAACAAACAAACAUGAAUACAUUGCAAUUGGGAAAAGGGUCAA